ACCUCAAAUUUCUUCAAAACAUGUUCUUCUUCCUUCAAACCCUAAUUUCCCCAAAUGACAACCAUCAAACCCCUAUUUCAAACCCUAAAUUCUCAAUUCAAACUUCAAAUUCCCCUCAAACUCUCCCCCAAACCCUCCAAAAUCCUCUCUUCUCAAAGCCCUAACCACCAACCCCCACCAAAAUCCAUAACAAUCCUCUCAGUUCUCCGAUCAAUCCUCGAUUGGGCCGACGGGGUUAAAGAACGAUGUAUGAAACAACCAUGGUCACUGUACAAACACUCCCACUGGAUCCGUCACCGGAGCUCCGGUUGUAAACACCCCUCAAGAUUCUACAACAACCACUUCAUCUCCGAUAAGGUUCUGCAACAACCACUUCAUCUCCGAUAAAUCUCACAAGAAUCUGCAACAAUCGGCUCCGGUUGUAACCACCCAUCAAGAUUCUGCAACAAUCAUUCAACAAUCAUGUUCAAACCACAAACUGCAAAAAUCAAGCUCAAAAUGAGUCAUCUGACUCUGUUUAUUGCAACCAAACACAGUCGCUCGGUCACCGAGUCACUGCAACAAACAAUUUUCAAACCCACUUGUUCGUCGUCUCCGCCGGUAAGUCCUACGUCACUCUCUGUCGGCAGUUCGGACCCUAGGGGUUACAAAGAGUAUCGAGAUUCUACUAUUUGUAAGUAUAGAGAAGAUUGUUCUAGAAGGUUAACGUUAUAUAAAGAUGGGGCAGUGGCGGGGGUUUGGUUGUGAGUGAGAAAAAAGAGAGAGAGAUGAGGGGUAGAGUAAGAGCAUUCUCAUCAAAAUCUGUGUGGAGAGUUUUUAAAAUAUAAGAAGUAUAAAAAGUGGUUGUGAGUGGAGGAGAGAGAAAAUGUUACUGUUCAUCUGUAUAUUUGGAGGGACACUGUUCACCCCCUAUACUUUUUUAAUAUAUAUUGAAAGUGGUUGUGAGUGGAGGUGAGAGAAAAUGUAAUAUAUAUUGAAAAGGAGAGAGAAAAAAUAUUUGUUUUUAGUGGAAAUAUAUUGUUAUAGGAGUUGUUUUUUAGUGGAAUGUAUGUAUAUUUUUAGUGGAUUGGAUGUGAAUGCUCUAAGAGAGUAGUGGUGGGUGGGUGGUUGAUGAAAGUGUUCGAUCAUAAGUGGAGAGAUUUUAGAAAAAAAAAAGUUGAUAAAUAUAGAAAUUAACAGGAGAAAGUAGAGAUGAGAAGAGUGAUGAGAGAGAGUAGAGAGAGGAGAGUGGCCAUGGCAUAUACCUCCAUAACCAGAGCUGCAACAUUCUCUCUCUAAAACUUUCUCUCUCUAAAACAGACAGUUUCUCUCAAUGUCAAAUCUCGGAGAUUGUGGCCGGAUUGGUGGUCGGUGUGAUGAGGUUUCUUUGCUGGCCGGUGGGUUUUUUUUUGGUAGCCGGCGACAACCAUUGAUGGAGGUGAUGGUGUUUUGUUUAAGUUGCAGAAAGGGGGAGAAUUAUGGAUAAGGGUUUUUAAUUUAAACUUUAUUAUAAAUAUAUUUUAAAUAAAAGGGCAAAAUGACUAAUCUACCCUCAUGUGCAAGGCACAUGUCAUAUUUAACUGAAAAUUUUAACCUGGUUAGUGCUAAAGGACGAAAGGUGUAAUGAGUUUUCCAAAUAAAGGAUUGCGACUUUAAUUAUUGAAGUUAAAGGCUAUCCAUUGCAAUCCGAUACGAACAUAAAGGACGAAAAGCGUGAUUUACCCUAUUCUUUUUAAACUUUAUAUUUAAUAGCCCGUAUUUUUUGUUCGCACAUGGUCUAAAAAUUUUUGAACAUUUUCAGAGACGGGCUGUAAAAGUAUUCGGGAUUAUAUCAGUAUUCAAUAAAAUGGUUGAUUUGAUUAACGAAAAACAAACACACAUUUGUUUUAUUUUGGAUCGUAUAAAUUUCUACGGAUAAUAUCAAUGAAAGACUUACAAUAAAUGCUAUUCCCUUUCAAAGAAAGAAAAUGUAUAUGCGUAAUUGAUACUGCAUGGGUCCAUCUAAAACGGAGUUUUGUUUUUAUUUUCAAAACUGAAUAAAAAAGGUUCUUAUUUCAAAAUUGUGAAAGUAUGGUUAGUGAUACGUUAAUGGAGGAUACAAGAGUGACCAAGACCAGGUUGAUCUGUGGCUUCCUUGUAGUUUAUGCACCUAUAAUUUGUAUCUAUGCUGCAGAUAGUACGCUAUCUGCAAACCAACCCAUUAGAUACAAUGAAACCAUCGUUUCGCCACAAGAAACCUUCGAACUUGGUUUUUUUAGCCCAGGCAACUCCAUGAACCAUUAUGUCGGGAUUUGGUACAAGAAAAUAUCGAAACAAACCGUUGUAUGGGUAGCCAAUCGGAACGCACCGCUCACGCAUACCUCUGGCGAGCUAACUCUCACCCUUCUGGGAGUUUUAACUAUCCGGGAUGCCACCACAGGCAAUAUCCUAUGGUCGUCAGUGAAAUCUUCAAGAACAUCGGUGAUGAAUCCGAUUGGGCAGCUUCUAGAUACAGGCAACUUUAUAAUUUAUGAGCAAGGUGAUCAAGAAAAUCCCAUAUGGCAAAGUUUCGACUUUUUGACAGACACCUUUCUUCCCGGAAUGAAGUAUGGCAAGAAUUUGGUUACUGGGUUUGAAUCGCACCUGACGUCAUGGAAAUCCGAUGAUGAUCCUGCUUCCGGUAAUUUUUCUUAUGGGAUUGAUACCAGAGGUUAUCCUCAGGUGAUCCUAAUGGACGGCCCAGACAUAAAGUCCCGGAUUGGUCCAUGGAAUGGACUCAGGUAUACCGGAUUCCCCAAUAUGAGACCGAACACUAUUUACAACUACACCUUUGUUCUUAAUCAAAGAGAAAUUUACUACGAGAAUUAUCUUAUAAAUACUUCCGUUUUGAUGCGUCUAGUGUUACAUCCAAAUGGUCUUUUAAAUCGCUUGUUUUGGAAUGAUGGCAAACAAAAUUGGACAGUUUAUUGGGCCCCCAUAAACGAUCAAUGUGAUUGGUAUGCUGUGUGCGGGCCAUUUGGGACAUGCAACAUUGACAAUACCCCAAUUUGUGAAUGUUUAAAGGGGUUUAAACCCAGAUCUCCUGAUCAGUGGAGAGGUGCAGAUCCAUCACAAGGGUGCCAACGUGCUAUCCCUUUGGAUUGUGGACCAGGGGAAGGGUUCAAUAAAUAUUCUAACUUGAAGUUACCCGACACUAAGGCGUCAUGGUAUAACCAGACCAUGACCCUUGUGGACUGUGAGAAGAUGUGCAAGAGCAAUUGUUCAUGUACUGCUUACACAAAUUCCAAUAUCUCAGGGGCUGGAAGUGGUUGCUUGCUCUGGUUCGGUGACUUAAUUGAUAUCCGAAUGUUUUCUGAAAAUGGGGACACUCUUUAUAUACGCAUGCCACCUUCAGAAUUAGAUAACAGGAACAGCUCAAGUGCAACAGAAAACAGGAAAAGCUCAAAUGAAGGGAUAAGAGUACAAGUAAUGGUCCUCAUAGCAUUUUUGGUUUUCUUCAUCCUAGUUUCAAUAUGCUUAGUUUAUCGCUUUAAUAGGAAGAAGCAAUAUCAACAAGGGAUGCCCCAAAACGAGUUUGAACUUGAUCAUGAGAAUAGAAGUGGCAACGAAGAUCUAGAGCUACCACAUUUUGGCUUGUCUGCAUUACUUAAAGCGACAAACAACUUUUCAAUGAACAACAAACUUGGAGAGGGUGGUUAUGGCCCAGUUUACAAGGGUGUACUUGAAGAUGGACAACAAAUAGCAGUGAAGCGGCUAGCCAAAACAUCCACUCAAGGACUUACUGAGUUCAAGAAUGAAGUCAUCUUGAUAUCUAAACUACAACAUCGCAAUCUUGUCAAGCUUUUGGGAUGUUGUAUAGAGGGAACCGAAAAAAUGUUGAUUUAUGAAUACAUGCCAAACAAAGGCCUUGAUUCCUUCAUAUUUGAUAAAUCUCAAAGCGAACUCCUUGAUUGGCCUACACGUUACCACAUUAUUAAUGGAAUUGCUCGCGGACUUCUUUAUCUUCACCAUGAUUCCCGGCUUAGAAUCAUACAUAGAGAUCUCAAAGUCAGUAAUAUUUUGCUCGACAUGGAUAUGAACCCGAAGAUAUCAGACUUUGGCAUGGCUAGAACUUUUGGAGGAAAACAGUUAGAAGCAAACACAAACAGAGUGGUUGGAACAUAUGGCUACAUGGCGCCAGAGUAUGCGGGAGAUGGCACCUUUUCGACAAAAUCAGACGUAUAUAGCUUCGGGGUAGUACUGCUGGAAAUUGUUUGUGGGGAAAAGAACAGAGGAUUCAUCCAUAAAAAACACAGUAACAACCUUAUUGGACAUGCAUGGGGACUCCAUAAUGAAGGAAGUUCAUUACAGUUAGUUCCUCAUUGCCUAGGUGAAUCAACCAAUGUGUCUGAGAUCCUACGGUGUAUACAUGUUGGUUUGUUAUGUGUUCAAUGUCAUGCAGUAGAUAGACCGACCAUGACUUCCGUGAUCCUGAUGCUGGGCAGUGAGGGUCCGUUGCCUACACCCAAAGAACCCGGUUUUUACAUUGGAGCAUACAUGCAAGAUACUGCACAAUCUUCAAGCUCGUAUGGAAUGAAUACCAACAAUGAAAUAAGUAUUACAACAUUAGAUGGUAGAUGACGUAAUUGAAACGUGGAACCACAACAAUGUUGUUGAGUAACGUCUUUCAUAUAUGAUCAAUAAUGAUACUAAUGAUACGAAUCUCUUUAUAUUAUCUUUCAUAUAUUAUCAAUGAUGAUACGAAACUCUUUAUAAGUAGUCA